AUAUCGUUGUUCGCCGAUCCGAACGGACUACUCUCCAUGGGAGGUACGAUCACGUUGUUGAUUUUUGUGUAAGAAAAAUGGAACUUCUUCUGUACAGAGAGAUCGGAUAAAUUUUUAACUAAAAUUGUUCAGAAUGUGGGUUUAAUAGAGUAAUGUUAGUCAGUUAUUGUUGUAAGGUUACAUUGCCUUAGAGAGGAAUUUUAGCCGGUGACAAGUUUAAUGAAUACCACAGUGAUGGUAAAAUAUCUUGAAACUUUUCAAUGAAAAGAAAAGUUUGGAAAAUGGUAUAAAUUUUUAAUUUUACUCACAAGGCCCCACGUUGUCGUGAAGUGUUCAAGAAAGAAAUCGAAUUAAGAUUGUGCAUCAAAUGGGCUUGUCAUUUUCUCCCUGUUUGGCGUUAAAGUAAUAUGCUUUUGUCAUGGGAAGGUCGCUUACUUUUCCUUAAAAUUGAGGGCUUUUCGAAGCCGUGUUUAUUGAUAAAACUAUAGAAUACAGGCGAACAGCACUGAAGAGGAGAAUUGUCGAUUCGUUGAAGAUUCUUUAGUGAGUCUCUUUUUGUGAUAAAUGUGUUAUUUUCAUUAAGUUUAACAUUGGUGCCAUCAGAGCGUAAAGAGGGGGCUUUUAGGAGCGCUUGAAAUCAGCAAAAGGUUUUAAAAUACUGAUCUUGCUCUCGCUAACACUGUUUUUGGAUUAGUUUUACGACCCAUCAGGUACGUACAAAUGUCAACAAUGAAUUAUUUAUCCUAUCUUGUACUGUAUCGCAUAUGUGGAUGUGUUUUAUGCCUUAUACAAAUGUGCAUGUGCUUUUCUUUCGAGGCGGUAUUCAAGAAGCCAGGUCAUUGUCUCUUUUUUUUUUUUUUCGAAUGAAGUUUCUUUUAACGUAUUUACUAUCUCCUUUUUGGUAAGAAGCUAUGUCAAAAUCAUGAGAUCCUCUUGUUAAUUCCAACUUUUUUUUUUUCAAUAAUACACAUAGGUUACCUAAAGUUGAAAGAGGCGAAAAAGAGACAUUUUGAAAGCCAGUUAUCUUUUGAAGAAGCGUUAAAAAAACUUCAUUUUUUUCUUGCUAUCAAUGAAAAAUGAUAGAGAGAUUCUUUACUUUAGAAAUGUCACUGUGUUGAGCAGGUGUAAUAUGAAGACCACAAGUCACAUUUUUAGUUCCCAGCUGCAGAAAUCCCUUGCAGAUUAGAAUCAUUGCUAAAAAUAAUGAAAAAAGAAUAAGCAAUACUUAAAUCGUUGUUGGAAGUCACCUGAAUUAUUUUGUAAAAUAACGCUGAGGUGUAUAUUUGAAAAUUCAAAAAUAGUGGAAGAAGGCUAAACCAGUUUGACCCCUUUCUUGCAAUCUUGUCUGAGAUUUGUCAUAUGUUUGAUUUAGGAGCAGCCACUAAAUGUACAGUCAUUGAACAUCAAUGAAUGUUUCAUUUACCUCCUGAUCAUUUGAAAAUUCUCUGGUAAGUGUACCAUGAAUCACCAAAGUUUCUAUUCACUGCAGAGAGAUAAUUUCUUAAUUUAUUUCGAAUGGGUUAUUACUUAACUAAAUUAAACUUGUAACAAUCAGUGUAUUUCAUUUCUUCCAUCUGAAUGUUUGAUGUACAGAUUUGUGUUUCUCAGAUAUUGACAAAUCUUUUAGCUUUUCCUUCUUCUUCAAAUAUAUAUUAGGAAUAGUCCUAAUUUUGCAUAAUAGCAAAAAUAGCAGGUGGAGGAUUAAUUAUCCCUUUCUUCCUAAUUGGCUUUAGAUUAUUGUGGAAAAUCAAAAACUGAGUCACACAACAUGUUAGUAUGACUAAAAAACCCCUUAAUUUAUCAUGACUAAAAAUCACAUUUUUAAAGGAAAUUUAGAACUAUAAGCUGUUGAAUUCCACAACUUUAUUUUCCUGUUUUGUCACUUGUCCAAGCUGACUGGCUGUGGUGUAUAUUUUUCUGAGCAUUAAAGUAACAGUAUGCAGUAAAGAAUCUUGUUUUUUGUGAAUGUUUGAGAGGUGCUUUUUUUUUCGGAAAAUCAUUACUUUCAGUGGCAAUUGUUGAUUUCUUCUGAACCUAUUUUACAAAGAAUCAAGACAUUGUUAAUAUGUUAAAUUGAAUGGAAGUAGAAAAUCAUUCAUGUGGUGCAGUGUUUCUUCUUGAAUGAAGUAGAAAAAAAUUUGAAAAUGAAUGCAAGACUUGGUUGAGAGAAUAGCAGAACAAUCUAAGAGAAUACUAACACAAAGAAGAUUCAGGUGGUGAAUUGCACCCCUGUGAAGAGGUUUUGUAUUUGAAAGAAUAAAUGAUUAUGACAAUGUUUUAUCUCAGCCACUUAAUGCUUAACUUUUUUAGUCAUUAUGCAUGCGUAUUAGUAGUCAAUCUUGAUAAAUAAUCCUGAUGUCAGGCCUUAAAUCUCUACUAAUUGUCGGACUUAGUGAUUCUAUUGAAGUGUCAAAGGGUUGUGAAAGGAUUGGAUGAAUAUCGGCAAGGUUUGUAGAAAAUAAUCUGAGUGAGUGUAUUCUAAGUGUCACUUGUCACAGACAAGUGCAAGUUUCAAAAAUUAAUUUUCUAGCACUGGGUAAUUUUUCUAUGGUGUUGAAACAAUUUUUUCCUCUUUGCCAGUAGUGUCUGUCUGAGAAAAUUUGUGCCAAUUCCCUUUAUCUGGAUGUGUUUUGUACAUACUAGGUUAAAAUGACUGUAAACUAAGGUAACAUUCCAAAAUUUAGUCAAGUUUUUUCCAAUCAUCUAGCAGCAACUAACCUGAUCAUGAUGGCCAAAAUCACACUUUCAGAUAAGGCAUGCAUUAAGUAAAUGUUACAAUCAUGAUUUACAUAUGUACCAGAAUAAUAAAAGAAAACUGGAAAGGAAUUGAACAUUACAAUAGAGGAGAAAUUUUGAGUUCAUAAAUUAUGCCAAUGUGCACAUGCACAUGCACAUGCCUAUCAACCUGUUAGACACUCUUUUAGACACUUUGUUUCUUCAUCAAACAUAAGGCCAGAUCAAAGCUUUAGUGAGACAGAAAGCCCACAGAGCGAGGCAUUUUGGAACUGGCUUACAGCCUUGAAUUCUUCAUAAAUCAUCAUUUUUGGGCUUGAAAUGAGGGCCCAUUUCAAGACUGAAAGAAAUUGUAAAGAAAUAUUGAAGUAAUCUGGCCAAUUAAAAGGAAAGUGACCUUACUAAAAAGAAAGUGUGGGAAUUAUGAAAAUUAAAAGAGAGCAUAGCUAUUUUGUUCAUGAUUGUUAUGUUUCUCUAGUAUUCCUUUUGUUUCAACACUUCCUGUAUAAAGACAAAAAAAUUAGUAGAUGAGUAUGUUGUGUUAGUGCCAUUCAGUUGUUAACUUAACUACAAAUUAAAUAUUGGGAAUUUUAUUCCCAAAAAGAUACUAAUAAGAUUUAUAAUCAUGUUAGCAUGAACUAGUCAACGACUAUCUUUUGUUGUUCAUUACUAAUAGUGUUUUCAAAUGGAAAUAGUUUGUCAGCAUGGGUGCCUGAUGUCUUACUUUAUUGCCUAUCAAUAAUGUGACCUUGAAGGUUCUAGGCCAAACUUCAGAUUUUGUUUUGCUACUCUCAAUUGCAACAGAUAUCUGAAGGCAGAAACAGACAAAAUUGAUUGAAAUUCUCCAAUCACAACUCUGACCUGUAAUCUUUUUAAUCCUCUGAAGCAGUGUACAUGUUUUUUGGUGAGAUCUGCGAGAUGAUGUAGGCAAAUUUCAUUUUAGUUGUGCUUCUUAUUAAGGAGCAUAGAACACUGCCAACUUCACUUCCCUGACAUAUCAAUUUGAAUUGUUUUUUCUUUGUCUUAUAGUGUUCAAUAGCAAGUUUGUAAAACUGAACUACGCUGCUAAUGUUGCCCUUGAAUAAUGAUCAUGAAUAACUCAGGUAAGAUUCUAUGAUUUAUGAUAGUAAAGGUCAAUGAACCAUGAAACAAUUACAUGUAGCGCUAAUGAAGGGUAAAUUGAAGGAUAUUUGAUUGUCUGUAAUAAAACACUUACCAGAUAAAUAUGAGCUUUUAAUUUGAUAAUGAUAGAUAAACUACCACAGAGGAAGAAAAGCUGUGUCUAGAACUGUUUUGUUACUGAGCACAGUUUUUGCCCUCUCAUUAGGAUACAAUAAAAUAAGCUGUACAUUUCUUCAUGCUCAAAGGGCAACUUGAAAUAAGGAUAAUAUUAGGGCUUAGAAUUAGUCUUUGAUUUACAAUCUUACUGCAGACUAGUUCAUAUCUUUCAACACCACCUCAUGAUAGUUUUUUUGCCAAGCCUUAAUUAACCAGGAUAUUUGACAUGUGCUAAAAUGUUUUUUGUCACAUGUAAUGCUGUUGAAAAAAAAAUUAUUCUGAGCCUACUUUGUACCUAUUAUGUAUUUCUUUUGCAUUUAGUGGCCUUGGUGGCUGGCUUAGCAACAGGGAUCCCUGUAGUUGUUCUUGUGUCAAUUUACAUGGUGUAUUGCUGCUGUCGGCGGAAGCAGCAAGAUCUGCAAGAACCUCGUUUGUGGAGGAUCAAAGAUACUUCCCAUGAUCCAUAUAUUCCACCUUUUGUACCAAGAAUUGUACAGAAAUUUGUCCAACAUUCUCAUCAAGGAACUCGUAAUAGUAGUAGUGCAACGUCUGCUCAGACUUCACCUUUAGAAGACAAAUCAUUUUUCAGUGAGGAUUCUGGCUCAUAUCGAACAGCACCUGAUGAUGCUGGAAUUCCAGAAAAGAGACAUAGUUUGGGUAGUUUUGAGGCACUUAAUGUGCCCACAAUUCGACGAUCAUCCCUUCUUCAACUUACUACCUCAAGUGGAGACAGUUCAGAAAGCAUUUAUGAGCAAAGAAAGAGCUCAGAUGUCAAAUCUCCUAAGAGUUUUCCUAAAAGCAGCAGCAAGUCUUUUGAAUUUGUGAGGCCAAUUCCAGUUAAACCACUCAUAACAAUUACCAGAGUAGAAUCUAAGGAUGACAUGAGCACUAAAGUGCUUGUAGGUGAUGUAGAUCCAAAUGGCCAGAGUCAUUCAGACUCACAAGUCCUGCCUGUUAGGAAGCCACCUAAACCUUCUCGUAGUUUGGAUAAUGUCUCUGUUCCAUCAAGGGCAAGCAAAGAGAGGAAGGGAAGUACUGAUAGGAAUUUGGCAGAAGGGAGAAAAGCAAGUGGUGACACUGAAGGGGAAGUAAAAGUUAAACAAGGAACUCUUGCCAAGAUUCCUGUGAACAUUCCAUCCCAAGUCAUUCAUUCACAUAAAGAGACGAGAAGAAGGAGCUCACACAGUGGUCUAGGAAGAUUAAAUGUGUCAUUACAAUACAAACAGACCACCUGUGACCUAUUUAUAAAGGUAAUCCUUACUCUUUGUGUUACUAGACCACAAACAGCAACAUGUUUACUUUGUGGUUUUGAGGGUUUCUCAUGUGAGCUGAACUUAAUUGUGACUGGUUAGUAUAUAAUUGACCUGUCAGAAUCAAAUCAAAGUGUUGAGGGGUUUUCUGGCUGAAAACAUGUUAAAUUCCUGCUCAGGCAGAUCUCUUAGGUGGCUUGGUCAUGAUAGCAAGUGAUACAGUGCCCUCAUUGUUUCAUUGAGGUACUUAAACAUUGUGGCACAAAUUGGAAUGGAGAUGGGGGUAUGCUAUAUGCUGUAAUGCUAGAGAUUGACAGAUUUUAGGUUUCCAAUUAAGAAUGCCCAUAGAAAGAGUUGUUUCCCUAAGACAUAGUAUUGGUGCAAGUGUGAAAUGCUUGUGCCUUCUGAUGCUGAACAACUAUUUUUUUGGAACACAAUAACUUAUUCAUCAAAGGUGUACUUUAUCAGUCCUCUCCUUAUAGCUAGUUAUGUUUACCAAACAUAAUGUUUUGUGUAUAUUUUUUUUGUAGAAGUUGGGUGUUGUUGUGACAGUAAUUAUUAUUAAUAAAGUCCUUCAAUCUUUGUACUCUGUUUAUUUAUACUUUGCUCAUAGAUCCUCCAAGCAAGAGAACUUCCUGCUAAAGACCUACGUAACAACACAUCUUCCCCAUAUGUUAGGGUCUAUGCACUCCCAACACGGAGACAUAACCACAGAACAACAGUUAUUGAAAAGAACCUGCAUCCAGUAUGGAAUGAAUUGUUUAUUAUCAGUGGACUCACUCUAUCUGAAAUUCGACAACUUGCAUUACAUUUUCUAGUCAUACAUCACCAGCCAGUGUCACGCAAUGUUGUUAUUGGAGAGGUGAUGAUGACAUUAGGUGGGUUGGACCUAACUGGAGGAGAAGUGAAUGUUUGGAGAGAAAUCAGACCUCAUCAGUUUCAAAAUGUAAGACUAUUAGCUAGGUUUGAUUGAAAGAAAUUUAAUAAAUAACCACUGCUGUAAUCCACAGUAUAUAUGAACUCAUUUCCCUCAAGUUUGAUCAAGUUGAUUUUCCAAAAUUCCGAGUGAUGAUUAUCAUCAAGAAAAAGAGCAACUUUGUAGAAAAUUGUAGUUUACAGAGAAAAAAGCAAUCCUAAAAUCUCAGAAAAACAGUGUAACAAACUUGCUGUCUUGAAGUAAUUUAACCUUCGUAGAAAUUCUGUUUUUACAGUUUUGUCUUAGGGAUUAGAGACUUUUUCAAUUAAGUGUGUCAAAAAUACUCCAUGAUUUCUUCAGUUUUGCUGAACUUCACUCCAUAAUUAGUCCAGAAUACCCUAUUCUCAAUCAAUUAGAUUCAAAACUAACCAGCUCCAAUUGUCUGUUACUAUUUGUUUGAUAUUGGUUUUUUUAAAAUCCAAAUGAAUAUCGCUCUAAUUACCAAGUAAUCCAUGAUAAUAAGUGAGGAGUUCCUCAUGUUUUCUACCAUAAUUACAUAAUUUGGUUUUUUAUUCUCUUAGUAAUACUUAUUACACAUUAUUUUGCCUUUUAAACAGAUUCUUGGUGAUUUGCAUGUGUCUGUUUGUCAUCAACCACUGUCAAGUAAACUGUCCGUAACUGUGUUAGAAGCAAAAAACCUGCCAAAAAUUAGCAGUCUCAACAUAGGAGGUAGGAUGUGCACAGGAUUGGUUUAGUUUGCAUUUUAAAAUUCAGGAAAAAUUUUGAAAUCUCCACAAUUUUAAAAUUCAAAUUUUGUGGGAGGGUUAAAACUCCCAAAGUUGAUAUUUUGAGUGUCUGGUUGAGAGAGAAAUAUUUCAUUGAUAGCAAUGUACACCCCUAAAAAUGGUAAUUGUCUAUAAAUUUAUGUCUAGAUCCAUAUGUCAAGGUAGAAUUGUUCUCUUCAAACCGCCGUGUUGCUAAGAAGAAAACGCGUGUGAAAAAGAAAACAGUAAACCCAAAGUUUGCUCAGACCUUUACAUUUGACCUGGGAGGAAAGAUGGCACUUGAUCACAUGACCAUGAUGUUUACUGUACUAGUUCAGGAUUCAAGUGGAUGCCAUGAACGGAUUGGCCAAGUGGUGUUGAGCACAGCAGCAGGUGAUGGGCCAGAGUUUGAUCACUGGAGUCAGGUGAUUUGUAAUCCACACUGCCCUAUUGACCAGUGGCAUAUGAUACAUGAAUAGUUCAUCUGCAAUCUGUGUAAAAAUGUUGGUAUAAAUUAUCAAGAGUUACAUUGAAGACACAGAUUCCCACAAUACUGUAGCUCAUAACUUAUUCAGUAAUGUAACGGAAUUGCACUUAAAGUAUAAAAACUUUAUUAUUAAGUCUAAGACACUGGAGGCUUUCAGGAUAGAUGGAUAUUAUUAUCUAGUGGAUAAAUGCCAACAUGAAAAACUUAGCUUUUCACUAGUUAGUGAUUUAUGUUGUGCAAAUGGAUAUUGUCCACGCUUCAAAUAACCAUACAGGAUAAUGUGUUGUGGUAAUCUGUGCAUUAUUUGUUAUAUUCUUCAUUUCUCCCAUUAUGUCUUAAAUGUUGUUAACUGAACCAAAUUGUUGUUCUUGUGAUAACAAUUGAGCCGUUUUCAACCAGAUCUAUACUUCAAUUCUUGAUCAGCAUACUCUAGUGUUGUCUCGAAAUAACCGCAGUGUUGAGUACUACGUUGCAUUUACCAGGAGGGGUUCUAGUUUAUAUCUCUUUGUCCUAUGAGAACUAUGGAAAAAUAUCAAGCAAUGCGUCACUUGCCCUUUAAAAACCAGUGAGAACUCUCCUCUAAUGAAUUAGAUUCCUUUACCUCACUUUAUUUUUUGAUGUCAUACCUAAUAGUAGGUUCUUUUGGAUUAACAGUUUUAAUUACUCUUCUAACACUCUGCAGCUAUUGUGGAAUAGUUACUUUGAUAAAGUCAGAGGUAUUAUUCGGUAUUUUUUAAUGACUUCUGGGUGACUACACGGCCUUACAUUUCAGUUUGCUCAGAAGUUUGCUAGUUUAAACAUCGAUCUUUUGUGAAAAUGUCUCUGAACUAUCAUGCUUUAUAUUAGAGAGAAGCAUUCCUCAUAACUGUUCGAUGCUUUAAACAAACAAGAAAUACAUCUCUCUCAUCUUGUUACCUAAGACCUCGAGAGGACGGAAUUUAGUGUUUUGUCACCCUAAGACGAUUUUAUCCGUUUUCAAACGUGCAAACUCCAAGUUACACUUUCAUGUGAUUUACCCAGUUGAACAUUAAAGGAUUUAUGAAAAAAAUUGCUCCUCUCGACGCUAGACCUGCGAAAUUGGUGUAUGAAGGAGUUAUUGGGUGCUCUUAAACAUAUCUGGUAUGACUGUCUUGCUCGUAUGAGAUGUAGGCUAUCAUUGCUAUUCAAUGAUUACGUUCUAAAUUUUACACGCUUCUGAUAAAAGCCCCUCUUCUCUUAGUACUUGAGGUGGGUAGAAAAUACGUUACAGGGAAUGAAGAGUUUCCCUUUUUGAUGCUGUAGGUAUCGACAUACAAAGUACAAAUUCUGGGCAAACACAUUACUUGAGAACAAACCCGUGAUGGAAGAAAUAAACAGAUUAUUUAUUUUGAAAUAAAUUUGAAAGUCGUCAUUUUAAUGAGAUAAAGGUAUAUAAGUAGUUAUUUAUUAGUAAGACACUAUUCAAUAUCUUAUUUAGUUUAUUAAACUGAUGGAACGAAGUUGAUAUAUUGUGGAUGAAAUAAAUUUAUUUGGCGUU